AAAUAUAUAGGACAGCAAACCAUCGCCGCCGUCAAGUCUACCACACCACAGUGGUAGAGCUCUGAUCUUCCGGCGUAAUAUGCAAAUUCACGAAGGGGGUUUUUGUUCUUGUGACUUGUAGAGUCUAAUAAGUUGCAUAUUGGAAGAAAGAAAAUAUUUUCUUGGCAUUUCUACGAUUCGUCUCUCUUGCGGCGCCGUCUGAUGUUCUGUGAAUUUGAACUGAUCGACUGAUCCACGACGGUUGAGAAAGUGAUAUAAAUAAUUUUAGGUCAAUUGAAAUUGGUUAGAAGCAAUGAAUCCAUUAACGCUGGUGAAGCGAAUCCAGAACAUAAAUUCGAAGGAAGCUUCUCUUGGAAUUUCGGAUGAUGCGUCGUGGCACGCUAAGUACAAAGAUUCUGCUUAUGUUUACGUCGGUGGCAUACCCUUCGAUCUCACGGAAGGUGACCUCCUUGCUGUUUUUGCUCAGUAUGGAGAGAUUGUUGAUGUUAAUCUUGUUAGAGACAAGGGUACUGGUAAAUCAAAAGGUUUUGCUUUUAUUGCAUAUGAGGAUCAAAGAAGUACAGUUCUUGCUGUAGAUAAUCUGAAUGGAGCACAGGUAUUAGGACGGAUUAUGAGGGUUGAUCAUGUUACUAAAUACAAAAAGAAAGAAGAAGAGGAUGAAGAGACACAACAGAGGAAGCGGGAGGAACGAGGAGUGUGCCGUGCUUUCCAAAGAGGUGAAUGUACCCGUGGAGCUGGAUGCAAAUUUUCGCAUGAUGAGCAAAGAGCUGCUAACACUGGUGGGGGUCCUCAGGAUAAAAGUUCUCGAUGGGGACAUGAAAAAUUUGAAGGUAAGAAAGAAGGUUUUAGGUGGGAUAAUAAGGAUUCAAGUUCCAUAGCAACAGGCAAUGGAAAGGCUUUAGAGAGUGACCCUAAGCAAAGUGAUAAGUGGGAGGAGAAGAGAUCAAGAAGACAUGAUUAUAUUGAAAAUUCUAGAGAUGAUGAUCAUAGAAGGGAAGAAAAGAGAUUGAUACGGCAUGAUGCUGAGGAAUUUGAGCCCAGUUCGAGAGAAAAUCGUUAUAGAAUGGAAGAAAAGAGACCAAGAAGGCACACUGAUGAUGAACCUCAGGGUAGGUCAGGAGGAGAUCAGUAUUGGAGGGAAGAAAAGAGGUCGAGAAGGCAUGGUGAUGAUGAAUUUGAGCCAAGGUCCAGAGAAGAUGAUAGGAGGGGAGAAAGGAGAUCUACAAGGCAUGAGUCUGACUCUUAUACACGAGAAGACCGAGACAGAAGAGGAGGGGACAAAUAUUCAACUAAACAUGGGGAUUCUUCCUCUCAUCGUCACAGAGAGAGAGAUGAUCAUCGGCAUAAAUCAGAUAGAUGAAAAUGAGGUAUAUUCAUUCUUGAAGAAACUGGUAAACGAUGGAAACCUUGAUUCCUCAUGAAAAAGACCCGUUAAACACUUCGAUCUUUGGCUGAGAAAAACAAAGGGGCUUUUUCUUGUUGAUGGCCCCAACUCCCAAGUUAUGUGACUGAAUGUAGUCUUGUUUCGGUUUGUCAUUCACGAAUCAUGAUCCAUGAUUUACCUGCCUUUGCAUAAGAUUGUAAUGUAGUCUUGUUUCGGCGUGUCAUUCAUUAAUCAUGGUUUACCGGCAUUGGGGAAUCGUUUAAAAUUUAAACUACGAAUCAUAUUUACGGUUUACCGGCAUUGGGGAAUCGUUUAAAAUUUAAACUACGAAUCAUAUUUACCUGCGUUGGGUUA